AUGGCCUUGAUCUUGAUCAUGAACACUACAGCAGACACAGCCGAGCGAUUCCUGGACUGUUACUUCUUGAAAGUGCUCAAACGUUUCGUUUCUCUUGUUAUCUUUCUUGUCAUUGUAUACCUGAUACAAACCGAGAUCAUUCGAUACCGCCGAAGAAUCAAAAAUCUUGCUGGUCCCUGUGGAUGGCCCAUUGUCGGCAACCUGUUUCAACAUCCGAAUCAAGUGCCGGCAGAGACUUAUAGACAAUGGGCGGAAAAAUACGGACCAGUAUUUCAGAUCCAGCUUGGAAACACCACAGGUGUCGUUGUCAACUCUGUGGAAUCAGCAAAGCAACUUUUCCUCGGCCAAAGCCACGCAAUGAACUCCCGACCGACCUUUUACGUUUUCCAUAGUAAAGUCAGCAAGGCAGUUACCAGCAUAGGCACCAGCCCCUGGGACGACUCCUGCAAGAGGCGUCGCAAACUCGCGGCUGGUGCUUUAAACCGUCCACGAGUCGAGAGUUACGCGCCCAUUCUAAAUCUCGAGGCGCGGGAGUUUCUCAAAGACUUGUACUCCUUGUGUCAUGACGGCUCCAUUGAGAUCGACUUCCGCCCGGCGGUGCGGCGAUUUGCACUCAACCUGAGUCUGACCUUGAACUACGGCACUAGGGUUUCCAAUGUCAAGUCUCUAGAAGAUGAUCCGCUCUUGGCAGAAAUCAUCUACGUCGAGUCUGAGAUCUCCAAGUUUCGCGACACAGGAAAGAAUUAUGCAAAUUACAUCCCUUUGCUCCGGUACUGGGAGCCAGUCGCCGACUUGAUGGGUCUAGGCUCGACACCGACGAACCAUGCAGCGGACAUUGGCCAUCGAAGGCUGGAGUACAAUGAUGUUCUCUUCAAGCGGCUGAAAGAGGAAGUGGCGCGAGGCGAAGACAAGCCCUGCAUACAAGGUGCUGUCCUGAGAGAUCCGGAGUCCGCAACACUGACUCGAGAGGAGUUAAUCAGCGUCAGUUUGAGCAUGAUGGCUGGUGCCGAUUCAAACCAGCCGACCCUGGCUUGGGCAAUUCUUCUCCUUGCGCAUCGCCCCGACAUCCAGGAGAAAGCUUUCGUAGCCAUCGAGAAUGCCCGAGUUCUCAAACAAGCAUCAAACAACUAUGCUUCUACCAAGGUCGACUAUGUUGACGCACUGACGAAGGAGAUUUCAAGAUACUUUGUUGUUCUGAAGUUGGCUUUGCCAAAAGCCACUUACACGGAUGUAACCUGGGGCGCUGCUAUUAUACCGGCGAACACCUUGGUGUUCUUGAACAGUUGGGCGUAUCCGGAGCUCUUCACCCAACCUGACGUUUUCGCCCCUGAGCGAUGGCUCCCAGAUGCGCCGGACCAGUACGCGCAUCAGUUCGCUUUCGGGAUGGGCGGUCGGAUGUGUGUAGCGUCUCACCUAGCUCAUAAUGCGCUGUACACGGUGUUUUUACACUUGAUCGCGCGAUUCCACAUCCUUCCCGCAGACGGAGAGAACCCCGAAGAGAUCGAUCCGUUAAAGGGUUUAAAGGGGAUCGCGUUCGUGGCCACACCAAGGGGCUUUCGAGCAAGAUUUGUCCCAAGAGAGGGAGCAGGGUUAGAGGCGUGGCUCCAUAACCCCAACGCUGGUUUUUGA